AUGGGGCCUGACUUGGAUGAUGCGUCAAACUACAAACGAAAACAAGAAGAGGCUGAAAGCCUGCGAAGAGUGGCAUUUUAUGGCGUAGCGUUUUCAACUAUAGCCUCGUUAAUAUGUGCUCUAUCGGUUCCAAUGUUUUAUAAUUAUCUGCAGCAUGUGCAGUCAUUUAUGCAAAAUGAAGUUGAUUUCUGCAAGUCACGUUCAAGUAAUAUUUGGCGUGAAGUGACGCGAACUCAAGUGAGCUUUUUCUAUAUUUCUUUGUGA